GGAUUUUUCAUUCCCUUGCCGACCGAGAGCCAAAAGAGAAGAGUAGAAAACCUAGUGGGUUAGGGUUCUUGUAUUUGUUCAUAAACGCAAAGCGAUAGAUCUGAUUUCGAUGGGGGAUGAUAGCGAUAGAUCUGAUUCGAUGGGGGAUGAUAGCGAUAGAUCUGAUUCGAUGGGGGAUGAUAGCGAUAGAUCUGACUCGAUGGGGGAUGAUGUUGUGUAUGAUUCAGAAGAUUGGAGAACUACGCUAGAACCUGUGGAUCUGGAAUACACGGAGGAGGAUGAUGUUGAUGGGACAAGGUAUUAUCCUAGUAUAAGACGCCGUGAAGAUGAAGAGAAGAUCUCGCCGGAGGAUGAGUAUCUCCUCAUGGAGAAGCAAGUCGCAGAGUCCAAGGGUUUUGACAUUGAUUUCACCAAGUUCCGCUGCGUUUUCAAUUACAAACUAGCUGAUCUCGAUCUUGAAAACCAGUUCGUUUAUGAACCAGAAACCACCAGAGGGUUAUUAGACAAGCUUUCUAGGAAAUCCCUUAAGAGAUUCAAUGCUAAGUAUAGCAGAAAAUAUGAGUUUGUCAAGGUUAUCAAAGCCAAUUAUCACAUCACUGCUGGCAUCAUGUUUUUCAUUACCUUUGAAGGUAAGCUACUUAACGAUGAUGACUCUAAACUGUUCCAAACUAAGAUCCGCUAUUGCGGUCGUACCAUCGAUAUUGUCUCAUGCGAACUCAAACCUGAGAAAAAUGUUCACUCCAUUGAAGCUCCGGAUAAAGAACAUCCCAAGAAACCAAGAUUGACUCUGGAGCCAUCUUAUGUCUAAUACUUGGGGUGGGUGAUCAGACAGACGCAAGCACUCUUGUGAUAAUUGACCUAGUCUAUGUUAUGUAAUGACACUUGUACUACUUCUGCUAUUUGCCCUGUUCGUUUUCUUAACUUCAGACUCCCAAGUUCUCAUCUGUUUGUUGCUCAAAACUUUAACUUAAGAGUUCAGACUCUUAUGUUUUAUCAAAACGUUUUUAAGCUCU